AUGGGCGCCGACAUGUCGAAGACUUCGUUGACGCCAAAGGAGCAAGCGAGCUGCGAGCGGAAAGGUCGUGAGGACAUAUUGAGAGCCUUAGGUUAUGAAGAUGAAGGGAACGGCAUUUUUCGCCCUGCUACGAAAGCUGCUCCGGCAACAGCGGCCAUAACGAUUCCCACCUUGCCUUCGGCUUUGACAACUGCGACUGCGACUCCUACAUUGUCUCCAAACUUGACAUGGACUCCCUCUAUCAGCGGCUCUUCGAACUCGGCUCCAAAACAAUUCGCGACUUUGGUUCGAUCCACAGCUGCAACUUCACGUCCAGCUAUGAUCUCGCAGCCGCACUCAACGGUCACUACAGAAGAGACUUCGUUUGGAGUCCUUGUUCCAUCUGGCAUGAGUCUCGAUGGCCAGUCUUCCGGCGAGGUCGUCUCCGCAAUCGGUGGAGGCGCUCGGGGUAAUAAGACCCAGACAUGGAGACCAGAGAAUACCAAAGAGAGGGAGAAGGUUGAUAUCGGUACCGCGGAUCUUGCGGUUCGGGAUGAGUGUCGGACGCAGAAGCCGCUUUCGGACAAUCAGAGCGCUCCAGAUUCGGCUUCUAUGCCCAUGCCCGAGCCACCCGCUUCACACGAGCACGAGUUCCGCGGCAAACGCAGCAGCGACGGUUUCCAGCGCAUCAUUCAUGAUGCAACCAAGUGCAAGUCGAAUGAUGCGUACCAUUCGCAAAUUGCCGGAAAAUGGUGGUCGGACAUUGCAUCCAAGGGCGAGCCACAAGGCGUUUUCCUGCACACGCGAGUAAUAGGGCUGCUUCCUUUUCCUCAACACAGCGCCGUUGACAGGAGAGGGAAUGCGAAGUCGGAGGAGAAGGAGAAGGUUGAAGAAGACAAGAAGCCUGACACCGGUGAUGAUCCGGCGGAAUAUUCGGGCGACGAACCGUCACCCAGCAGACCGUCCGCGAAGAAGACGAAGAUGCAGAGCGAGAAGGUGAAGCAGGAAGAAGACGAAGAGCAAGAGAAGUCCGGAGGAAACGAGAAGCCCGACACUGGUCAUGACCAGGCGGAUCGUUCGGGCAACGAACCAUCACCAGGCGGACCGGCACCUGCGAAGAAGAUGAAGAGCAAGAGGAGCAAGAGGAUGAAGCAGGAGUCUGAUGAGGAUGCUUAG